UGCACAGACGGCUGCCCCGUUUCCACGCUUUCCACUAUUUCCAGAUGCUAUCUCUCUCUCAAGGCGACGCUUCAGAACUCUCUCUCAGAUCUCCUCUUUAAUUUUAUUCAUUUCCAGAAAUUUUAGGCUGCCUUUGAAAAUUACUCAUAAUGGUUGAUAGCAAUGCAUCUUCUGGUUCACCUGAGGAUACCCCAAAUCCUAAUCCUGAUGGAAAUGCACCUUCCGAGAGCGACCUUGCACUUGAUGCACUAGCUCAAAAGGUUCAAGAGUCACUUGGCCUUGAGAGGAGACACAAGUUUUGGGAAUCCCAGCCUGUUGGGCAGUUCAAAGACUUGGGAGAUUCCAGUUUGCCUGAAGGCCCUAUUGAAGCUCCAACACCUUUAUCUGAAGUCAAGCAGGAACCAUACAAUCUUCCAAAUAUGUAUGAGUGGGUCACUUGUGAUAUUGACUCUGACGAGAUGUGCACCGAGGUCUACAAACUUCUGGCAAAUAACUAUGUUGAAGAUGAUGAGAACAUGUUCAGAUUUAAUUAUUCAAAGGAGUUUCUGCACUGGGCUGUUCGGCCCCCUGGUUAUUUCAAGAGCUGGCACAUUGGUGUCCGUGUCAAAAGUUCAAAGAAGUUAGUUGCUUUCAUUACAGGUGUCCCAGCAAGAAUCCGGGUCCGUGAUGACGUUGUUAACAUGGCAGAGGUCAAUUUUCUAUGUGUUCAUAAAAAGCUCAGAUCAAAUAGGCUUGCUCCUGUCAUGAUUAAAGAGGUGACAAGGAGAGUUCACUUGGAGAAUAUCUGGCAAGCAGCGUAUACUGCUGGAAUUGUUAUUCCAACACCAAUAACUUCUUGCCAGUAUUGGCAUAGAUCUUUGAAUCCAAAGAAGCUGAUUGAAGUUGGGUUUUCUAGACUUGGUGCAAGGAUGACUAUGAGCCGGACAAUUAAGCUUUACAAGUUACCUGAAUCGACAGUCACACCAGGGUUCAGGAAAAUGGAGCUUCGUGAUGUUCCUGCAGUUACAGGACUACUCAGGAAUUAUCUGAGCCAGUUUGUGGUUGCACCUGAUUUCAGUGAACAUGAUGUGGAGCAUUGGCUUCUUCCUACUGAGGGUGUUGUGGAUAGUUAUAUUGUUGAAAGCUCCGAGACCCAUGAGAUUACUGAUUUCUGCAGUUUCUACACACUUCCUUCAUUGAUCCUUGGAAACCAGAAUCAUUCAACUCUGAAGGCAGCAUAUUCAUAUUAUAACAUUUCUACAAAGACCCCUCUGCUUCAACUGAUGAAUGAUGCUCUUAUUGUGGCAAAACAAAAAGACUUUGAUGUUUUCAAUGCAUUGGAUGUCAUGCAUAAUGAAUCUUUCUUGAAGGAACUGAAAUUUGGGCCAGGCGAUGGAAGUCUUCACUAUUAUCUUUACAAUUAUAGGAUAAGGAAUACACUGAAACCAUCAGAGCUUGGUCUUGUACUCCAUUAGGCUUGUUUUUCUCCUACAAGUUAAAUGGAAAUUUUGCUGUUGAUUGGUUGUAAGGUUGAAUCAUGGCAACCCUUUGUUAGUCUUUAGACCUCCUCUUACCAUUUAAAACAAACAGAUGUUUGUGAAUUUUCUUUUGCAUAGAGGAUUUACAGGCAUGGAUCCUUAAAGCCUCAAACUCUUGGAACAAAUUUGCUGUAUAUUUAAAUAUUUUGGUCGUUUUUUCA